UAUGACUAUCGUGUUUCUCUCUUGGUUGGUUCUAUCCAUCUAAUGCCCUACUCGAUCUAUAAGCCUCAUGGUCAUCAUCUCCAAUAACACUACACCCCUUCACCUCAUUUCUCACUAUAUUAUUCCAUUCUGCAGGCAGAUCAGAGAAUCCCAAUAUUUUCAUCUUCAAUUCCCUCAGCUCGGCCAUCAUAUAUACUUUUCAUUCAAUUCUUUCUAAAACAGCCAUGAAAUCCAGAAGAGAGCUAUUCUGCGCCUCUCAUGCCUCCACCGCCAUCUGCUCCAGCAUGGACCAGCGCAGAAUCGUCCGCCCCAGAAGCCGCCCGCCGGCGCCGCCCUGCUCCUCCCAUCUCCCCUUUCAUCCCACUUCCUUUCGGAAGACGCCCAAGGACCCUUCACCUGCUACUUCCAAUUCUCCUGGACGUUCUUCUAGACAUCUCUUGACUGAUUCUACCUUUCUUGACCAAAUAUUAUCUGAUUCAAACAAUAUUCAAGCCUUGGUUCCCUACCACCCAUUCGAAACCGCCAAGGUGCAACACACCUCCGGUGAUAAUCUCGCCGUUAUACCCUCAUUGCCGCCGCCGCCUAAACUGCCUCCAGUGCUCUGCAAUCCUUCGUCAUUAACCCUCGACUCCAAUGUUAAAACUUCCUCGUCCUCAACUCCCACCCACCGUAAUCAUCAGGUUGUGGAAUUGAGGGUAGCAAUUCAUUGCAAGGGUUGUGAAGGGAAAGUGAGGAAACAUCUGUCCAAGAUGGAAGGCAAUUUUACAGGAGUGACAUCAUUCAGCAUAGAUUUGGACUCGAAGAAAGUAACCGUGAUUGGAAAUGUGACACCGUUGGGAGUACUUGCCAACAUCUCUAAGGUUAAGAACGCACAAUUCUGGCCGUCUCCGGCGACUUCUUCUCCUUCAUCUCCUAGGGUUAACUUGCCUAUCCGAUAGAAUGGUAUACUUCAAUAUUGGUAUAUUUCAAGCGAAAAGAUUAAUUUAGUUGAAUUUUAAUUUUUUUUUUUUUGUUUUAAUCGGUGUGAGUGGGUGGGUGGUGUUGAUUUCUCUUGUGUUGCGUGAUCGAAUUGAAAAUUUUCUUUGCUACCUUUCUAUAUAUUAUUUGGAAAAUUAUAGCCUGUAUUGUCUA